AUGGUAAAGACCGCGGCAGAGCCGAAGACUACGAUCAUUGCUAGUGCAACGCCCGAGAGACGUUGGGCCGAGGUUGGAGUUGGGAAGGAUGCUUUGGAUGUUGUUGAGGUUCCGUUUGUGGGGACGGAUGUUGCGUUCGAAAGUCAUGGCAUGAUAAUGUUGAAAGGAGAAUACGAAUCUUCCAAGAUCAUAUACGGCCUGCCCAAGCCAAUCGGAUUCGGCAGGUACAAAAUUGAAAAUCCGCCUACGUACUUCUACCUAUCUGAAUUCGUUGAUAUGGAUGUCACGACAGCCCCUGACCCGUCGGAGUUCACAGAGCGACUCGCACAACUACAUCAAGUUAUGUCCACAAACCACUGUCAUGUAGCACCUGGGAGUUUCAUCAAGGAUACAGCAUACUCAUUGAAUCCGAAUGCAGUUAAAUUGGGAAUUUGGAGAUGUCAGUUCAGCUCAGUUUUCCGUUCGAAGGAGUACACUAGACACUACCUCCGCAACUAUCCCGCAGAGGAGCCCGUUGCUGAGUUCAAUGAUCGGAACAGAGUCUAUAGUCUGAAAAAUGACCCAAAUUACUCAGUGGGCCAUCCAGGAACUUCGUUGCGAAAAAGUGCCUACAACAACAUGUGCUAUCUUUGCGAGAAGUAUGCUCCAGUUGAGGGCAUCGAUAAGUACGACCCUCGAAUUGAUCCUUCGGUAACAGGAGCUUAUAUCACGCCGCAUCUGGCUGGAAAUUUGGUCUGA